GCCGACUCGUCAGUCCCGCCCUCGGUUCUUUCGCGUUUUCGUUCAGUCUCCGUUCGACGUUCGGACGGUGAGGUGUAUAAAGCGCGUGCGCGCACCGGUUACUGUGGCGUACUGCGAGGUUAUAAUGGACGCGCCCGGCGGAGCGCGGGAGCCCCGCUUCGGGUCGCCGUACGGUAUGGGACUCCUUGGGGAAAUGCCGGAUAUGUACGGCGCAGGCCGGCCGCCCAGCUCCCUCGGCGGAGGCCUGAGGCCGGGCAUGCAGCCCUGCCCGAUGCCGCGGCCUGGUGUGAAGAGACCCUCGGACCAGUGCUACGAUGAGCGACCGUCACAGAGCGUAGGGCUGGAGCACUGCCCCAUGCCUGACAUAGCAGACGAUGGCUAUGCAUCUCUUCAGCCCAAGAAGUCACCACCAUCCAAUGGCAAAAAGACCAAGGGUCGCGUCAAGAUCAAAAUGGAGUACAUAGAUAACAAACUACGGCGAUACACUACAUUUUCUAAGCGGAAGACUGGGAUAAUGAAGAAGGCUUAUGAACUAUCAACGCUGACGGGCACUCAAGUGAUGCUGCUAGUAGCGUCCGAGACGGGACACGUUUACACCUUCGCGACGAGGAAACUUCAACCUAUGAUAACAUCAGACGCCGGCAAGAGGUUGAUCCAGACAUGUCUGAACUCACCUGAUCCGCCGACGACCAGCGAACAGCGGAUGGCGGCCACAGGCUUCGAGGAGACCGAGCUGACCUAUAACGUAGUUGACGACGACAUGAAGGACUCAGAACGAUCUGCUGACGUCAAGCGUGAUGGGAAACAAAAGGACGAACCACCCUCAUCAGGUGAUAGUGGUGAUGAAAGUGGCAGCGAACCAGAGUCACCCAGCGAGAAGCUACUCCACGCCCAGAACUUGAAGCAGGAGUGGACUCACGCUGAUACCAGCGACAGAGAAGGCAGCAAAAGGGAUCAUUUAAGCGAGCCUUUGCCUUCCACAUCAUCAGCCACUCAAGAAGCAGACAGCAGCAAAUCCAGCCAGCCUUCCUUGCCGAAACUCUUGCCAAAGAUCGACCUCCCUGGAGGUGCAAUGUUGUACCAUAGUGGAGUCCUUGCUGGGUUGGAUUCGCUUGGCUCCAACAUUGGUUUAGGUAAUCUGGCAAUGGGUUACCCUCACAGCUUCAUAUUGGGGCUGGCCAAUCAAGGACAAGAAGGCGCAUCAUCAUCAACCCAGCCCCAGUUUAUUACGAUCCCGUUAUCCGUUGCGAUGGCUGCAGCGGCUAACCCAGCAUCCACCAGCAAUGGUGGUCCAGUGAGUGCCUCUAGCGACGACAGUAGCGAGCUGCAAGAUCUUAGCACAGGGAGGAAGUGACCAGAAGAAUAACAACAAAGCUAAGGAGUAAUGCUUAAAAAUAAGUAUCAUAUAUCGCUUACCAAAGUUUUGUAUUUGGAUGUUUAAAUUGUAUAACAGCGAAAAAAAACCAUUAUUAUAUAUUAUGUAUAACUCUGUAACAUAAUUCUUCAUUGCAAAUAGACUUAUAUUAUAUCUAAAUUAACUAACAAUUUGUUGUAUAAAUAUUAUAUUUUGUUUUGUGUAAUGGCAAGCAGAAACAUCUAAUGGCAGAAUUGCAACCAUGUUAUUUCGGACUUCUCUAAUGCUGUUGACCGCAGCUGGCCUUUACAGCUUCAUCGGUCGAUAGGUAGUGCAGAUAAUACUCCAAAUCCGCGGAACUUCUCUAAUGCUGUUGGCCGCACCUUACAGCUUCAUCGAAUGAUAGGAACGAAUGCAGAUGACUCUCCAAACCAGCAGGUCAUAUGGAGCGUCUGAAGGCAGACGGAUACGACUUUAGUCUGUGAGCACCGUUAAGGUUUCGAUCCUCGGCUCAGGCCGUCGUAAUUUCGAACCCCUUUUGAAUUGGACGGAGAAAAAAUAUAAAAAUAUAUACGUUAUUUUUUUUGUUAGUGCCUAAACUGUCUUACUCCCUAUUUUUAAAACUUGGGUCUCGAAGCCAGAUUUAUUUUGUCGAGAGGUCAUAGAUAAAAUAAAAAGAUAAUUACUUAUUGACUCUAUUUUGUAUAAUAAAAAAAAAUAUAAUUUACUAUGUUUCAUGGAUAAAACCCACUGGCAUAUGUUGUAUUUUUAACCUGGAGCUUUAAGGCAUUACCAUAAAGCUCAGUUUACAAUUUAAGAAAAGGUUUACAUAUUCCAAAACUUUAAAUAACACUCCUAUAUGAAUAAAUGCUUAAAGAAAACAGGAAUACAACUCAC